CUCGGCUGUGUGAGGAAAAGUAGACCUGGGCAGCCGGGAGUGCAGUAGCAGGGGCGGCUGCGGGAGCCAGAGCCGGAGCUGGAACUCCACCCUCGUCGCUGCCCUUUCCUCUUCUGUCAUCUUGCCACCCAGCGGGAGACCGCGCUCCCCUAGGCAAGCGGCCGCCCACACCAGAAGCAUCCUCCGCCGCUCCAGCCGGCGCUGACGGACCCGGCGGCAUGAUGCGGCUACGUGGCUCGGCGAUGCUGCGGGACCUUCUCUUGCGCCCAUCCGCCGCCGUCAGCGCGGCUCUGAGGCGGGCACAGCCCCUCGUCACCUUGUGCCGGCGCCCUUGGGGCGGGGAACGGCCGGCCGCGGGCCCGGCGGCCGCCGCUCGGCUCCACCCAUGGUGGGGCGGGGGCGGCCGGCCAGUGGGGCCCCUCGCGCGGGGCCUGUCCAGCUCUCCCUCGGAGAUCUUGCAGGAGCUGGGCAAGGGGGGCACUCAGCCGCAGCCCGGGGCGUCGCCACCCGCCGCCCCGCCGGCGCCGGGCCCCAAGGACGGCCCCGGGGAGACUGACGCGUUCGGCAACAGCGAGGGCAAAGAGCUGGUGGCCGCAGGCGAAAAUAAAAUAAAACAGGGUCUGUUACCUAGUUUGGAGGAUUUGCUGUUCUAUACAAUUGCUGAAGGACAAGAGAAAAUACCUGUUCAUAAAUUUAUUACAGCACUCAAAUCUACAGGAUUGCGAACGUCUGAUCCCAGGUUGAAAGAGUGUAUGGAUAUGUUAAGAUUAACUCUUCAAACAACAUCAGAUGGUGUCAUGCUAGACAAAGAUCUUUUUAAAAAAUGUGUUCAGAGCAACAUUGUUUUGUUGACACAAGCCUUUAGAAGAAAGUUUGUCAUUCCUGACUUUAUGUCUUUUACCUCACACAUCGAUGAGCUGUAUGAAAGUGCUAAAAAGCAGUCUGGAGGAAAGGUUGCAGAUUAUAUUCCUCAACUGGCGAAGUUCAGUCCUGAUUUGUGGGGUGUGUCUGUUUGCACAGUUGAUGGACAGAGGCAUUCUAUUGGAGAUACCAAAGUUCCCUUUUGUCUUCAGUCCUGUGUAAAACCUUUGAAAUAUGCCAUUGCUGUUAAUGAUCUUGGAACUGAAUAUGUACAUCGAUAUGUUGGGAAAGAGCCAAGUGGAUUAAGGUUCAACAAACUAUUUUUAAAUGAAGAUGAUAAACCACAUAAUCCUAUGGUAAAUGCUGGAGCUAUUGUUAUAACUUCAUUAAUAAAGCAAGGAGUAAAUAAUGCUGAAAAAUUUGACUAUGUGAUGCAGUUUUUGAAUAAGAUGGCUGGUAAUGAAUAUGUUGGAUUCAGUAAUGCAACGUUUCAGUCUGAAAGAGAAAGUGGAGACCGAAAUUUCGCAAUAGGAUAUUACUUGAAAGAAAAAAAGUGUUUUCCAGAAGGCACAGACAUGGUUGGUAUAUUAGACUUCUAUUUCCAGCUGUGCUCCAUUGAAGUGACUUGUGAGUCAGCCAGUGUGAUGGCUGCAACACUGGCUAAUGGUGGUUUCUGCCCGAUUACUGGUGAAAGAGUACUGAGCCCUGAAGCAGUUCGAAAUACACUGAGUUUGAUGCAUUCCUGCGGCAUGUAUGAUUUUUCUGGGCAGUUUGCUUUCCAUGUUGGUCUUCCCGCAAAAUCAGGAGUUGCUGGGGGCAUUCUUUUAGUUGUUCCCAACGUCAUGGGCAUGAUGUGCUGGUCUCCUCCUCUGGAUAAGAUGGGCAACAGUGUUAAGGGAAUUCACUUCUGUCACGAUCUUGUUUCUCUUUGUAAUUUCCAUAACUAUGAUAAUUUGAGACACUUUGCAAAAAAACUUGAUCCUCGAAGAGAAGGUGGUGAUCAAAGGGUAAAGUCAGUGAUAAACCUUUUGUUUGCUGCGUAUACUGGAGAUGUGUCUGCACUUCGAAGAUUUGCUUUGUCAGCGAUGGACAUGGAACAGCGGGACUACGAUUCUAGAACAGCACUCCAUGUAGCUGCUGCAGAGGGUCACGUUGAAGUUGUUAAGUUUUUGUUGGAAGCCUGCAAAGUGAAUCCUUUCCCCAAGGACAGGUGGAAUAACACUCCCAUGGAUGAAGCGCUGCACUUCGGACAUCACGAUGUAUUUAAAAUCCUCCAGGAAUACCAAGUCCAGUACACACCUCAAGGAGAUUCCGAUGAUGGAAAGGAAAAUCAAACUGUCCAUAAGAAUCUUGAUGGCUUGUUAUAAUGCUCUUAAAUCAAAAUAUUUAAAUCAACUUACCUAUUUAAUUGUGGAAAAUGAUUAUGAAGAACGUGUGUAUUUCUAUCUGGUAGUGAUGUAUAUUUUACAUUUGUCAUUUCAGUGUUACUGGAGUUUUCUUCAUUGUGCACACAGGACAAAUAUGAUCUCUUUGGGAAAAAAUAGAAUUAAAACAAUCUCCCUCCAUAAUGUGAGCAAUAUUUACCUCGUGCACUGUAUAUGAUGUAAAAGAAAUAGUUAUCAGUGCUAGCUAACUAUGUGGUCUUCAUGAUUUAUUUGUGUGUUUUGUGAAUUUUCAAUUUAUGGUGAUGAUCUGCUGAUAUGCAUUUCUAAAUUAAGCUCUGUUGUACAGUCUGUCCAAAUGGGUCAAGGCUGCCUUUAGAAGCAAAUAGUGUAAUUUUCAAAACUUCCAAUAUAGAUUUAGUUUGGAGUGUUUGAACAACUAUAUGCACUUAUGGUUGUGUGUUCUAAAUGUCUGCAAUCUCCCUAGCCUCACAUGUGACUCUUUAAAAAUUAUAAUACUUAACUGUUAGGACAGACCAAUUCUGAUUAGACUUUAUCAGGGAAUCUGUUUAAGAUACGUUUGGUGACCAAAAUAUGUGUGUGAAUGUAGUUACAAUACUUUUGAAAAAAUUUCCUUUUUCUAUAUCCCCCUUAGUCCAGCCUCUCUUCUCAUUUAGCUAUCUGCCUCUUUUCCUUCAGCUGGGAAAGCGAGUGCUGGCAUACUAUGCAGUUUUCAUGUUUUCCACAGUAAGUCAGAAAAUGCCUCAUAUAGUUGGCCUUGGUGAUAUAAUUUUGCCAUUUGUCUAUAGAAGAUGAACCAGAGACAAAAUUAUUAACCUAAGUAUAAAUUAGUCAAAUUUAUCAGUCUAAAAAAUGAAGGGAUGUACUACUGCAGCUCUUUAAGGUAUUUUUUAGCUUCUAGUAUACAGAUAAAUUCAGAAAUUCACUCUGAAUUUACCAAAGUUACUCUGAUAGUAUUGGGAACUGCUAUAAAUAUUUUUUAAAUCUGUCAUUAAAAGUCUGCAUCAAGCUAUUUGUCCUCUUUGGGAGGACACUGGAUUUCUUCUGAUUAUCUACUGCAGAAUUUUUGGUGGGCUCUAUAGUUCAAUAAUAAGAAAAGGCCAUUUCAUUUUAAAUUGAGGAGGUAAUUCAUGAUUAAUUUGGAAGGUAGGUAAAAGGGGCUUCAAAACUGGAAAAACAGAAUUUUCUAGGAAUUGCACAUACAUUUUAUUCUAUUAUACCUCUAAGAGUUAAAGAGGUAUGAUAGCGAGGAUUUCUGAUAUUAAGCACACACACGCACACAUGCAUACACACAAAUGGACUUCUUUGAAGCUGUGUGGAGUGAAAUGAGCAGAAUUCUCAACUACACAAAUGCUAGUUGUUACCACAUUAAUAUAGCAAUUUCCUUAUUUUUAUUUCCUAUCAGUACACACUGCUGCUUCCAAGCUUUAUUAUGCCUGAUGGCAUCUUACGCCAGCAGCCUCCAGGUACUUUGACUUUUGCUUCCACUCUAAGUCCUCCUGUUACCCAGACAGCACCUCCUUUGGUGAAACCAUGGCUAGCGUUCCUGAGCUGCAUAAAGCACGAGGUUGCUCCCAUGUUCAAGCUUCUGUGGGGAGGAUGGUGGGUGGGCGACCAGCACUGCUGCUUCGUUCCUGCCCCCACAGAUCCACCAAGCUAUGCAGACAGGAAGAAUUUACAAGAAGCUGCAGAGGAGCAGCAUUGCCCCCAAAGAUAUUAUGGGGUAGACACAUUUUAAUCAAAAUCAAUUGAUAAGUUUGCUCCAACAGAAGCUUGCUUUGUGUGAUUAAAAUGAAACAUUAAGAUGGUUCAGUUACGUGGCUUGAAGAUUACCAGUGAUAGUGAGACUCUUCUCUAAUAAGGAGGUUCAAACUAUUAUUUGGGAACAAAGAGUUUUCAUCUUUUCCCAGAUCAAAACUAUUUUGUAAAAUCUUUGUUGUGUGCUCUUAUCUACCCCUGAUGUUAUUUAUGAUUAUAUGCUGGUUCCUGCACUGGCUGUUUGCUGUUGGCUGGUAACACUGAGUGCAUUUGGUUUAAAUGCUUGUUGACUAUGGUAUGAACUGCUGCCAUCAGUAAAUCCAAAGAUCUUUUUGUUUUGGCUUUAGGAUUCUACGUGCUUUUUCUGUAUCAUGAGAGUGCUAUAUAGUCAUGUUAAUUAAAGCUUUGUAUACACUGUAUUUGCUGCUGGUCUCCUCUUUGGUAAUAUGCUGUACCCCACUGCUGCCCCACACUGCCCUUUGGCUGCAGAGCUGGAUUAGCUGUUGAUCAUUUGAUGCUGUUGUAUGUCUGGCAGGGACUGAAUGACCUAAUGCUGGAUUUAGAUUCUCCUGGGGAUUACACAGCUAUGAAUGUAUUUGCUUCCAAAACCUCCCAAAGUGAAUCUAAUCUUAAAACUAUAAGUUUUAAGUAUUCUGAAAUUGGGGAAAUGUAUCUUAAAUGAAA